CUGUCCCCCGAAAAACUUUCAGCGUGAUUCUCCCCGACUUCAAAAGCUGCAAAAGCCAGAGGUAAUCAUCAAAAUCUUCUUCCACAGCUCAAACAUGCAAACUCCUUCAAGCCUGCACAAAAUCUCUGUAACAUGGAGGGGUAAGAGGUUUGUCAUAGAGAUGAAUUCAGGUGCCACAGUCAAGGAGCUAGGAGAGGAGUUGCAAAAGCUGACUAAUAUCCAAGAAGAUACUAUGCGUCUCAUUAUUCCACUGGUUUCCAGCAAAGCCUCAAAAUUGAUGUCUCCCUUCUCUGCAGAGCAUGCUUUCUUAAGUCUGCAUGAAGCUUCCAUUACUGAGGCUAAGUCAAUAAAAAUGAUGGGUGUGUCAGCAAAUGAAGUUGAGCAAGUUCUACAAGACACAAGGGUAAAUUUAAGGAUAGCUGGAUUUGAGGAUGAGGAAAAGAGAUUGAAACAAAGAAGUUCAUUUGGACCUGUUUCAUUGAAGCUGCCACAAGGGCCUUAUAUCUUUAGUGAGUUUCGGACACUUGAAAUUCCAGGAAUGGAGCUGAACCCUCCUCCUUCUGAGGCAUUAAAGAGAAUGCAUAUGCUUGCUGCAGAUCCUGGAAUUGUUGCCAUCAUGAACAAGCAUCGUUGGCAUGUAGUUAUUAUGACUGAGAUGGCGCCUAUUGGGUAUGUUGGUGUGAGCCCGAAGUGCAUUCUUGGUUUCAACAAGAACCAUGGAGAAGAAAUAUCUCUGCGACUGCGAACUGAUGACCUCAAGGGUUUCAGGAAAUAUGAAAGCAUCAAGAAAACUCUCCUGCAUGAACUUGCUCACAUGGUAUACUCUGAGCAUGAUGCCAAUUUUUAUGCUCUGGAUAAACAGUUAAAUCAAGAAGCUACUAGUUUAGAUUGGACUAAAUCUGCUGGCAACACCUUGGGAGAUGUCAGAAGUUCUGACUAUUUUGAAGAAGAUUUUGAAAGAAAAAAUAGCAAUGUUCCUCAGAAGGUUGGAGGUAAUAGGUCUGAUCUGCUAGCAAGUGCUCGGGCUUCCUCUGUUGCUGCUGCUUACUACCGGAUGACUAAUGCAUCUGCCCAAAAGGCUCAAAGGUCUGCAGUGAAUGAAGAGCCAGAUUCAGAUGAUUCUAGUUUGAUAGCAAGUGACAGAUCUGAUCAUAUGAAUUCCGAAUCAAAAGAAAUCAUGGAUAUGAAUAUGAUUUCUCAUGCUGAGAGAGGACCUUAUAGUGAGCCUGAUCCAGAUGAUCAUGUCACGAAGGUAAUGAAGCAUGAGCCUGAUCCAGAUGAAUCCAACGAUGUAACAGCAUUAAGUUCUGAUGGUUCUAAUUCAUUACGUUCUUUUGUUACUGUAAGUGUUGGACCUCAAGAUAUUGAAUGCAAGAAUUCUGAAGAAUAUGCUCAAAAUGAACCCAAUACUAAAGUAGCUGUACUGGCUGAACCUGAUCCUGAUGAUUUGGUAGUGCCUCUGCCAGAAUUAUCUGCAAUGCAAACUGAUGAGCCAGAUCCUGAUGAUCAAGAAUCAGAGAGGAUCGAUGUUCCUGUGACUGUAAAUGUUGGACCUCAAGCUAUUGGAAGAAGCAGUGCUUCUAAAGAAAUUGCUCAUAAUGGACCUAAUGCUGAAGUAAUUGUGCUGGCAGAACCUGAUCCCGAUGAUGUGGUGGUGCCCCCGCCGGAGUUAUCUACAAUGCAGAUUGAUGAGCCUGAUCCUGAUGAUCAAGAAUUACAAAGGAUCAAUGACCCUGUGACUGAUGUUUGUAACCGUCUGCAGAAAACCCUGGAAGUGCUGAGAGCUGAAGCUAGCCCCCUGCAGACUGCCUCAGUUCUCCAAACUCUCAUAAAAAUUAUCAGGAAUGUGAUUGAACACCCUGAUGAGAUGAAAUACAAAAAGCUCCGAAAGGCUAAUCCUGUUAUAGAGACGAAUGUUGUGAACAAUAAAGCUGCAUUGGAAAUUUUGUUCUUGGUUGGCUUCAAGGAAGAUGUCAUGUUUGAUGAGCUUGGUAAGCCAGAAUCUUACCUAAUACUGAAGCGGAAUGAUCCUGGCUUAUUGUGGUUGGCUAAGUCUUCGCUUGAAUCAUGCACUAAUUUAUAGGCCAAAGCAGAGUCUGGAAAACGAAUGAGAAUAGUGAAGAAAAUGUGAUUUUAUCCGCAUUGCUGUACUGGGAUGAUCAAAGAUAGACACUUUGUAUUGUCCAACGAGUAGUCUAUACAUACAAUUUGUAAAUAACAAAAAGUAUUGCACAUAGGAACAUUGAAUUUGGGGAUGAUGGAGGAUUGGUUAUGCUGGUGGAUGAAAUCGUUUACCAUGUAAGAUAUCCAGCACGUUGUGAGCUUGCCAAGUUAUGUUGUAAACAAAUGCUUGAUGUAAAUAAAUUCUGUAUUGAAAUA